AUGGCGGGAGUUCAAAAAGUUAAACUAGAUAAUUUGAAUAUUAACAUUAAAAACGCUUUGAUCGUUGGAAUUAUAAUAGCAAAAAAUAGUCCACGCAUAGUAGGAUCUAAAAAGAAAAACGGUGAUUCACGAGGAGUUACAUCUUUUACUAUAAGGGAUUCUGAAAUAGACACUAUUAAUAUUGAUGUUUGGGGAUCAGAAUAUUUUGUUUUAACUUUUUAUGAAAGGUUUUUAGUGGGCGACGUCGUUGAUAUUAUAUCGCCAAAAAUAUGUGUCAAAAGUGGAGAUAACGAAAACUACAGACCACAGGUUACUUCGCCUUUUUAUUUGUCUUUGAACGAAGGAAUUUCCGAUGUAACCACUCACAGUGGAGACACCUUUAGCGCUUACUUGCCGCUAAUUCAUAUACCUACUAAGCAAUCAUCUGGAUAUUAUGGACUUGCCGAAGUUUUGAAAUUGCCGGAAGAAAAUAAUAACGUUUAUGUCGAUUUGCUAGUAGUUGUGAAGUCGGUGAAGCCUCCAAAAACAAUAAAAACUAAAACAGGCCUCCACAUGUCAGUUCGCGGUGUAGAGAUCGUGGACAACACCACACCCGCUUCAGUAACCUUGGAUAUUUUUGACAACGAUACAAUUCAAAGGGCCGAAGAAUGGCGUUCGUUAGAGAGCGUACUCUUCAUAGCGGACGCUAGAGUAUCGUGGCGCACCCGAGCCGUGACCGUGCAGAGUUGUGCGCGAACUGUAAUCACUCAUCAGCCACACACUGCAGAUGCUGAAGCACUCAGGCUCUACAUACGUAACCAGGCGAGUGCGCGUGGUGGUGAAGCGGCGGCGUGGGCGGCGUGGAGCGGAGAGCGCGCGAGCGCCGCGAGCGUGGCGCAGGUGCGCGACAGGGCCGCCGGCGCCACGCCCUUCUGCGCCUCCCUGCACGUUCUCGUCACACACAUCGACUUGGAUGCACUCGAUACCACGUAUUGCUUCCUUUUACUGUUACUCAUUAGAAUGAUACCACGCCGUCUAAGCAUUUCUGCUACUCUGCUUUUCACCGAAGACAACAAUAUUGAAGACAUUCGUAUUCGAUGUGCUGACCACACGGGAGAGUUGACUGCUCGACUUCCCGUCAAUGUUUUAGAAGAUACCUUUGGACACUCUUUGGAAAGGUUAAAAUCAAUGUCCAACGAUGAAAGAGCUGCACUCGGUUGGAACUUCCUUCUCGAACAGUGUUAUGUGAAGCUAGCUAUUUCACCCCCACGUCUUUUAGUGUUGGCUAUGAGAAGAGCUACUCAAGCAGACCCCAUACCUUUAUAUUAA